UGAGAAUCUAUGAGACGAUAUACAUCUAAAACGUUUCGUCGGAUAUUGGCUUCAUCAUGGUGUAUAUUUCACAAAUUCUACUGGUAUUGUUGUUGAUUAUAGUCAAUACAGAUUACGGUCUUCCAUUGGUUUGCUAUUCAUGUACAGUAUGUCCAAAACCAUUGAACCCUUCAUCUCAAACAGUCAGGAAUUUAAGCAGCAGUAAGUGGCGUACAAAUAUUUUAGUUAAAAGCGCACAUCAUAAAUUGAGAGAGUGUGCACCAGAAUGGGACUUUGAAUAUUGGGACAAAACAUACAAAUCACUUGAAUAUCAUUGUAAUCAAACUGACUAUUGUAAUAAAAGUGUACAGAUUCAUGUAACGCAUCGGAUACUACAUAUAAAUGUUAUAACAUUCACAUGUGUUUUCAUUAAUAAAAUGCAGUAAAUUGUAACAAACAUUACAAUUUGUCUUAAUCAAACAUUUGAAUAACCUUACCUCAAUUUUAGACAUGUUUAUAUCUAUGUGACAAAAUUCUAACUCCUUAUUCGUACAUAUGUCUUAUAUAUCGGUAACUUUCGUUUAUUGCAUUUUAUCUUUUUAUUAACAUAAUAUUUUAAUGACUAGAUUUGUAACUAAGCUUUAUAUUUUUAUAUUAAUUAAAUUAUUUGUUAAUUACAAAUUAUAUAUGUGUGGAGAUGUGUAUUG